CCGGUGCUUGUCGGAAGUGCCGCUGCAUGACGUGAGCGAAUGUGCGUGACGUCGGUUUCAGCAUCUUUCCUUUCGAUGCACGCACACGGCCUUGAGCGACUCCCCUGAGCCAUUUUUACCAGACCAGCACCAUGGCCGACCGCCCGAGAAACCUGCAUCCUUCACGCUCCUUCACCCGCCUCGAAGCCACCACCACCAGCCCGCUGUCACGAAGUCGCGCGAGUACACUGCAAGGCUCCAACCCCACCGACAUGCUGGACCCGCUCAAGGCGUCCAUGGUGCCAGAGGAGGACGAGAACAUGGAUGGCGACGUCUUUGCAAAGAAGCGGGAGGAUGGCCAAGAUGGCAACCACGAGCUCCGGGCGCCCGACACAUUCGAGGAGCUGCCCAUCGAGAUUCGCAGCUUGACCGAGAGGUUUCUCGAUUCCCUGACGGCCAAGGUACACCCCACGCCGCUAUCCGCCGAUGCCCUCGGUGAGCUUUUUCAGGAGUUCUACGGCAGGGCCUCUUCCAAGAUCAAUACACACAUCGCGACACUCUCUGCUCGCCUUACAAGUGAAUCGUUUGUCGCAAACGCGAAGAAGGGGUCUGCCCCCUCCAGUAAGCCCGGUUCGAUACGGAAAGGAAGCGACCCGUCCGCCGAGCAGCAAAUGCUCAGCGCGACGGAGAUGGCAGACCGGAAGAAGGCCAGGAGAGCUCUUGAGGUCAAGCGGCUGGCUCUCGAGGAGGCUGUUGAGCGAGCAGUGUGUGAAAAAGUAUACGAUAGAAUAUGGCGGCACAGGAGCACCGACGACGAGGAGAGGGAUCACAAGCUCCGGUCGCGGACAGCAGCUCUCUCGCUGGUCGGGAUUGGCCUGCAAGAGCUGCUGAUGACGGGCGAAGAAUUGACAGAGGAAGAGCGCCAAAAAGCAAAGGAGAAGGAGCCCGAGAUUCGCGAGUACCUGUCUGCAGCGCGCGAAGACUUGCUCAAGAUGAACGACGAAAAAUACCCCCUUGGCAAAGUACAGCAUCUCGCGGCUACGCACAAGUCGAUUGUCGAGGCUCUGUCCAAGAUCUUCCCUGCCACGUCGUCUGCCGACGAGAUCCUGCCCACGCUCAUAUAUGCCCUCAUCACGCUGCCCCCUGUUCAUUUGAACGUGAUAAGCGACCUGAACUUUAUCCACCGCUUCCGCGCUUCUAGUCGCAUGGAUGGCGAGACUGCAUACUGUCUGGUCAACUUGGAAGCGGCCAUCUCGUUCCUGGAAACGGUCGAUCUUUCCUCGCUACGGUCAGAAGAGGGCGUCUCUUCAAAGUUUGAAUCGCGACCUGAAACACCCAAAUCGGAGAUUACGCCCAUGUCGCUGGGCCUGUCCGAUGCCCCAGAUCUCAUCCAAACACCCGCCACACCAAUCACAAGGGCCACACAAAAAGAACCAUCAAGCCCAACAACGACCAAGGCCCAGCGCCGUUUGAGCAAUCUCAUCCAGACACAAACCAACAAAAUUGAAGCUGCCUCUGAUGCCGUCCGCGAGUCCAUUCUAGACUCUGCUGAUCAGGCUCUGGGGAGAAUCAACACCACGCUAGAUACCAGUUUCAGGUUCUUCUUUGGUGGUCUAAAGGAAAAGAACCCUGACAAUCCUCUGCAAGAUCCGCCAGUCCUGCCCAAGACGCUCGAAGAUGCCAGAAAGCUUGUCAAUUCCCCCACUCGUGCCGAGCACGAUGAUGAAAACCUGAGUAAUAGCGGCGCAAGUUCGAUUCAAGGCGACGAGCCAUCCGAGAACGCCAGCGGCAGAGGGCUAGACGCGAGAAUGGCGGAUCUGUUUGGUGGCAAAAGACCAAUCAGAGACCGCAGUGUCGAUUCAACAAAGUCAGGAGGCAGCAACAGUGGGCGGCGAGUUACUUUUACAUCAACACCAAAUGCCGAAGACAAGACGCCGUCGCCUACACCAGUCAAGACAGAACCUCCGCCCCCACCAAGCAACACAUCUGCCGUCGACUCUCUCCGCAAUAUGGGCAACAACUUCAACCCCUUGAACCGCUUUCCUAGUAUGAGUAUGCUUCCUCGCUUCGCACGCGCCGUGAGCAGCAGCAGCACGCCUGCUCUUCCUUCACCAGGCCAAGACGCGGCCAAGACAAGCCCGUCACCUGAACCGCUCAGUCGAACAAACACUGCGGAAAUGGCACAGCCAGAUGAAAAGGGUGCAAGGGCAAUUGCUGCAUUGGAGCAGCUGAAAAAGACGCCGGCUCCUAUCAAGCGCUUUCUUGAAGCAAAAGACGCACAAGAUCUUAAAUUGAAGGAGAUAGAUGAUUUGCUCAAGGAGUACCAGAGACUGGCUGCGGCAAUGAGGACGGCAAUCAACAAUUAAGUAUCGUCUGCUAUCGCCUUUGCCAUGUAUCUAGCCGCAGAAUGCUGUACCAGCCAGAUGCCAACCACGUAUAGACAUGUUGACUUUUGUUUUUGAGCCUAGGCGGAGUUGUAAGAGGAGGCGCAUGUAUUCGCUUUUUAGCCAGCUAGACUUUUGCGUCAACACGCUAUCAUUUCU